CACAUCCACAAAAACAACUGACAGUGCCAUUACACAUAUUAAUAUAGCAAAACAAAGAUGAUUGAUUGCAGUGCCGUGAGCUGGCUGUUUUUCAGAAAUAAGUUUCCUCUGUCUUUGCCUCCUCUCAGCAUUCCCAAUUGAUAAACUGGGGAUCUGUAUUAAAUAUUUUCAUUUAGAGAUCAUCUUUUUUUAAAUUUCUUCUUGGAAAUUUACUUAAAUUAACGCUUGCAAUUGUUAAUCUUGAUAAGUUUUCCUGGCUUUGUUUAUUUUUUGUGACAUAGCUAAUAGCUAUACCUCUUUUUUUAAUUUCAGCUCUGAACAUUUUAUGUGUCAUGUGUUUCAAGUUCUGAUGUUCUGAUAAGACAUUUUCAUUAAUGUCAUUCGUUCAACAGAGCCCUCAUAAAGUUAUGAGAGGAAAGAAUCGUGCAGCAGGCAUGAUCAGAAAUUCUUAAACCAAUAAUAUGGUUUCCACUGCUUUGAUUCUGUACUCCAGCCAAAUGGAUUUGAUAUGAAACGGCGACUAUUAUGUCGAAGUGCUGAUUUUCAGCUUGACGAGUGUUCAACACUAGAGAGAUGGCUCUGCCGAUUGGUUGGUGCACUAUUUGGUCCAGGCUAAAAUAUCUCAACUAUUAGAUGGAUUGCCGUGCAAUGUUUUUGGACAGACAUUCAAGGUCCCCAGAGGAUGAACCCUGCUUUGUCGUGAUCCCCUGACUUUUCCUUUCGCGCCAUAGUGCGGUUAACAUUUUACUUUAUUUUUUUAACAAAAUGUGUCAGCAUCUAUUGGAUGGUUUGCCAUGACAUUACAGACAUUCAUGUUCCCCUGAGGAUGAAUUGUAAUAACGUAUGUGAUCCUUGUGCUUUCCAUUUAGCGCCAUCAUCAUGUCCUAAUGACAGCUAUACUUUGUGUUUUGUUUACCAUUACAAUAGCAUGUUGUUGUCAUUGUGAUCAUGUUAGCAUGCUAAUGCUAAUCUUAGCAUUUGUGUAAGUCCAGCCCAAGUGAGCGUGGCUGUAGACGAGGGUUGGACUCGCUAGAAAUACAUUCACCUGUAUCUCAACAAUGUAGGAUUUAAAGCCAACAACACCACAAACAUGAGUUCAGUUAUCUGAGUGGUACGGCAUCGGCUCUGCUGCUGCUAAUUGGCUAGCUCCUUUAACUGUGUCACUACAUGAGCUAGCACUAGCAAUAUCGCCUGCUGGGAGAUCCUCGGCCUCCUCUCGCCCCUGUUCUCUGGAUUGGCUGGAAUCAGUCUGCCCCGUUACUCUCUCCUCCUCCUCCUCCUCCUCCUCUUCACUUUGUGCCGGCAUGAUUCUUAAAGUCAUCACUGCCGCAGCUAGCAGGAUUUUGCACGGCACUGUCCUCAUGAACGGUAGUAAUGGUGUUAUUUUGAAUAAUAAAUGUGUUGUAUUUAAACAUUCUGCAGCAUCAGCCUCGAGAAAACUAACCAUUAACUGCAAUGACUUUCAGUUAACUUGCUCAAUUACUUUCUGUCCCAUAAAAGUGGGGGCACUGUGUAAACUGCAAUUCCUGCAUUGUUCACAUAAUGUAGAUGUGAACACCCUCAAAUUCAUGCUUCAAGUCGGCACUCUUAAGCUCACGGUUAAUCCAAAUCCAACGUGUUGGGCUGCAGGCCCGUAACAAUAUCAACUGUGUCACUGUGCUAAUACUUAACAAUUGCUCUACAUGUCCUGUUCCUUGUUUCAAAGCUGAACCCCACGCUGAUGGAUUCCUUCACUCACUCCCUCCCUCUCUUUUUCCUCACAGUGAACUUUGACCACUUUCAGAUAUUACGGGCUAUCGGGAAAGGGAGCUUUGGAAAGGUAUGCAUUGUGCAAAAGAAGGACACCGAGAAGAUGUACGCCAUGAAGUACAUGAACAAACAGCAGUGCAUCGAGAGAGAUGAGGUCCGAAACGUCUUUAGAGAGCUUGAGAUCCUACAGGAAAUUGAACAUGUUUUUUUAGUAAAUCUCUGGUACUCCUUCCAGGACGAGGAGGACAUGUUCAUGGUGGUGGACCUCCUGCUGGGAGGAGAUCUGCGCUACCACCUGCAACAGAGCGUCCAGUUCAGUGAGGACGCUGUCAAACUCUACCUCUGUGAGAUGACACUGGCGCUCGACUACCUGCAGAACCAGCACAUCAUCCAUAGAGAUGUGAAGCCAGACAAUAUCCUGUUGGAUGAGCAAGGUCACGCUCACCUCACGGAUUUCAACAUAGCAACAAUAAUAAAGGAUGGAGAGAGAGCCACAGCCUUAGCUGGAACCAAGCCCUACAUGGCCCCAGAGAUCUUCCAGUCUUUCGUAAGCGGGGGGACGGGCUACGCCAAUGAUGUAGACUGGUGGUCACUAGGGGUGACGAUCUUCGAAGUGCUGCGUGGAUGGAGGCCCUAUGACAUCCACGCCAGUAACUCUGUGGAGUCCCUGAUUCAGCUCUUCAGUACAGUCAGUGUCCAGUACAGCCCGGCCUGGCCCAAGGACCUGGUUUCCCUCCUGAGGAAGUUACUGACGGUGAACCCAGAGCAUCGUUUCUCCAGCCUGUUGGACAUGCAGACAUCUCCCUACCUCGCUGACAUCAACUGGGACGCCGUGUACGAGAAGAAGUUGGAUGCCGGAUUUGUUCCUAAUAAAGGCCGCCUCCACUGCGACCCCACCUUUGAGCUGGAAGAGAUGAUCCUGGAGUCGCGUCCCCUGCACAAGAAGAAGAAGCGGCUGGCCAAGAACCGGUCUCGUGACAACAGCAAGGAUUCUCAGUCUGAGAAUGACUACCUACAGGAGUGCCUUGAAGUGGUGCAGCAAGAGUUCAUGAUCUUCAACCGAGAGAAGUUCAAAAGGCGUCAGGAGGAGGGUCAGUCAGAGCCCGGGGGCGAUGAUGCCAGCGGGGACGGCGACGGAGAGGCGGAGGUCGGGGCCACUGACGACGACGCGCCCGAGCCAGAACCCGAUCCUGAGCCGGAACCCGAGUCCUCCUCCAAACUGAGCAUGUGCGGCUCGGUCUGCUCCUCCCCCGGCAGCUGCUAGCACCGCACCGCCUCGCAGCUGACGAUGGCGGCGGCGGGUCUCUCUGGCCGGCCUGCAGUGUUGUUGCGCCACGCCAAUAGAUACACUCUCUCCUCUGUCCUCUGUCGUAGCCGGGAGCCGAGGGAACGCACACAAGGGGGCGCCUGACGCACAGCAGGACCCAACAUGGCUCCCACCAUUUCCCUCCUUUUUCUUUUUUUCCUGUAGCAUCCUUAAAGCAGAUUUCCACAGAGAUUUCCCCGCCCUAGAGUAAGCUCUAACUUCUAUGCAAUGUUACGGUAUAGCAUGACAAAUAAGGUAUUACCUAUUAGGAGGUGUCGUUCACGAGCAUGAUGACAUCCCGAGCAAUAGGGUCCGCGAGGUUGGUGGUUUUGGCGGAGACGCCUCCCCUCUCGGCUUCCCCGUUCAAAAUCUGACGGGGGCGAGUGAAUUAUUCAGCACACGCAGCAGGCACUCACUUUAUGUUGUCGCCUGUGUCUUCAGUUCACUCAACAACCCCCCCGUUUCAUGUAAUGUGUGCCCUAAUUCUGAACAAUUGUAUCUCCUGGAGAACCUUCCUCCUGUUGCAGACACAUUUACAGUAAGUGUUCAUGUUGUCUACCUGUUCAAAGUGGUGCCUGCUGACGAUAAUCAGCAUUCGUUACUCACAUUGUAGCCAAAAUGUUAGUUUGAUUUUCCUCUUUAAGUGUUAGACAGCUAUUCUUUUUCCUAACUUUUAUUUUUUUUAGGAUGAUAAGCUACUGUCAGUUAUGGGAAAUCAGUACAGCAAUCAGAUUGAAAGGAUUCGCUUGUCAUUUGGUUACCAAGAUGAAGUGUUUAAGUCCCGCCCCCGUGCUCUGUGUGGACACAUAGAGUCUUCAAACACUCUGGGGGAAUACUGUAAAUGCCAAUCACCAACAGUCACGUCUCUUAAGAAUCUAUUAGAAAGCUCCGUUCACUUCUCUAGACGCCGUCAGCUCUUUAAGUGCUUUGGUUAGCGCGAAGAUCAUCUCCCUGUCGAGCUUGUUCCGGGGCUGUACUUUAAAUGUUGUAGCUGUGCCCUGUCGGUACUUCAAAAUUUGUAAAAAUUUGUAUAGAUGAGCUAGUCUAUUGCUGCCACAGUGAUAGUGGUACGUUUAAGGUGGCACCGUUAGACCUCAGUCUGAACGCCUUGGAACUUGUAGCAAAGGUUCACCAUAAAACCCUAAGGCCUAAUACAAUGAAAACCAUGUAAAUAGCAUACAGUGUAGGUAACUUAAACUCACCACAGUUUUAUGUGGGACUGCGAACUCGACAUACAAACUAAAGGAAGAGCUGCGUGAAGCUUCACACUGCUUUGCUCUGCUCUUCUUUCCAAGUGUGCAGGCACAACUUGUAGGCAAAAUAUGCCAAAGCUUUUCUACCAUUUGCAUAACCAUUUCUAAGGAACUUUGAAUGUGUGAGUGUCUGUCUCUUUUUCCCCGUAUAACGUAAAGUCAAUGUUCCUUCUGCCAGUGAAAAUGCUAUCAUUUAUACAAUCAUAUUGUGAUUAUGUAUAAAGUAUCUAUUUCAGGUAAGGUGGGGGGGGGGGGCCCUUAACAUAACAGUUAAACAUUUUGGGAAAUGCGCCCAGCGUUGCCAGAUGUACGAUAACCAUCGCAUUUGUACGAUCAUUUUGCCGACUGUACGAAUAAUAAUACCCAUAGUGCUAUAAUGUACCAUGAUUUAACCAUAUCGUGACGCUAUUAGCAGUUUGUUUGUGCCGCCUCAUUCCAAUUCAUUUCCAGAUGAAUCCUACAUCUCCGUUUACGCAUCUCUUCUGAUGUGACCUCUCUCCAGCCAUCUAUUCAAUUAGCUUAGCUUAUUUUCAGGAAAAAUAUGAACAUAUUCUUCCUGUCGUGCUAUCUUGUGAUUUCCUUUUGUUAUAGUAGGCUAUUACAAAAAUUGUCAGACUGCAUCGUAGGUGUAUCAGAAAGUCGUAAAACUAACUUAUGGUUAUGAUCAUUUUCCUCGAAAUGAUUUUAAGCCACUGCUACGAUAGUUUAACAUUUCCCAUCUGGCAACGCUGAAUAUGCAUAUCCAUUGGUUGUUUUUACAAGACCGACAUGAGGAGGAUACCACCGUCAUGUCUGUGCGUUAAGAGCUGGAGCAGAGAGGUGAUUGGCGUAGCUUCACAUAAAGACCAGAAACAGGGGAAAGCAGCUAGACCCCCUAGAUCUAAUUAACACGUUGUCUUGUGUUUAGUCCAUGCACAAACAGUAAUGCUGGGCUACAACUCAACUAUUUUGAAAACCACAGUAACGAUUGCCUUCAGUAGCCUACAAGUUACUUUCUGAUUUCUGUUCUAGUGUCUUAUUUAUGAGGGGUGCCCAGUAAAAGACUAGCCAAAUACAUCUUAUUUAAUUAAGAUGACAACAAACUCCAUUCUAUUAAUCAUUUCACAGCAUAUUGUUUUCUUUUUUUAAUUGAAAAGUUGUAUUAUUAACAUGUGUGUUCUUAGCUGGCUUGCUAAUGUUAGCUUCUGGUCAAUCCACAUUCAGGAAUAGCCAGUCAGUAGGGCUAACAUUAAGCUAGCUAGCUGACAUUAAGCUGUCGCAUGGAGUUGUUGGAAGGCACCUUUAACGGACCACGGCUGAGUGAGUAUCGAGUAAUGUAGCUAAUUACUUAUGCUGUCUAGUAGUUAGUAAAGUGUUGUAAGUACAUUUUCAAUAUGUAAUUAUUACAUUUCAAGUGACAUAGCCAGCACUGGUAAUAAUAGUUCCUACUACCAAUGUACCAGCAGAUUAGCUUGCUAGCAUCAGUGCUAGCUUGGCUCCUCCCGUCGGCCAUGUGACCCUCGUCUUGUAGGUCACAGCGGUCGCUCUGCUUCCAGUAUUUUUUUGCUAAGCUAGGCUAGUCGCCUCCUAGCCACAGCUUCGAACUUAAAGCACAGACACGAGAGUGGCCUCCAUCUUCUUAUCUCACUCUUUUAAAAAGAACACAAAUACAUGUAUUUUCCAAAAUGUCGAGGUAUUUCUCUACAAACACUAUACACUACGAUUAGAUUAAGACGCUUCUUUAAAGGGAUACAAAGUGGCCUCUUCCAAGUCCGCCAAAAUAAAUGAUGAAUUGAAUAGUCUCGAGCCCUGCGCUUUUUCUUUUAGUUUUUUGUUUGUUGCAUGUACCUUUACAGUAUAAGCCUGUUUUUGCCAAAGCCUGGAGCUCGAGCCUUACUGGCUGAUUUGUGCAUGCACAAGCUUUUGGUAACAGCUCACCUAAUUAUAGACACAGUCCAAAUCAGAGUAUGGCCUGCGUGACCGUUUCUGGACAUUGAGUUUUGUGAACUUUUAAACUGUACAAAAUCUUAUAAUCCCAGUGUUAUAUGGACGGCAUGAUAUUUUUAGAUGAUAUGCAGUACAUUUUGGCAUCCUGUAGGUUGUCUUAACGCUUCUUACACAGGCUCGUACCCUUGCUGGAUGAGUGGAAUGAGGUCAGCGUUCGUGUGUGUGUGUGUGUGUGUGUGUGUGUGUGUGUGAUGCUCCGUUGUGCGUUAAGUGUUGCGUUACUGACUGCAGCAAAGAAAGAUGAUUUGGAACUGGGGCAGGUUUUCACUUCACCCCAACACAGAAUUUGCUGCAUUAUUAAAAACACGGAAUGUCUCCAUUCGUGGGAAGAAAAAAAAGAAAAAAGGCUCAGUCAUUUGAAAGACUCAUUAAACCAAUCUACACACCGCCAGAGUCAACAUAGGCCUGAAGUGGAUGUGUAAUUAUAUGUUAAUCAUCUCCAAGUGGAUAAUAACAGAUUUUGUUCAUUUAAGCGUAGCUUUUCUCUUAAGUUCCAAUACUAAUCAACAGUUUUUAAACAUUUGUUCCUUGGUAUCGGUGAUCAUUUCCUCGUUGGACCGCGCUUGCAAACCCUCCCGACAUGUUUCUUAAUGUGUUCUAAUGUUAGGCCUUGUGCUGAUAUUUGACCAGCAACAGCAUGUCUCCUAUUCAGCCAUGUCCCGAUGGAUGCUCUUGAGUUGUACCAUAAUGUAGAUGUCUUAACUUUGUGGAUACACUUUGAAACUCAGUGCCCUGUUGAGAAAUCAAAUCAAUUAAGAAGAAGAUGUGAUUUGUGCCACUCUUUUCCUCUCUGUCCCGCUUUGCAUAAUGUUAUUGUGCUGCAGGAUUUUUAAUGGGGAAUCAGUGAGAAGCCUUGUUACUGUACCAACUGAAACUGCUCCGUGUGUUCAAAAAAAAAAGAAAUGCUGCUUUAACUGCUUUGAUAAAGAAAUAAAUCUCCUUCCAGUA